AUUGUGAAGAUCAGUCCGCGCGGAAGUUUCCUGUAGGCUGAAGUCAAACAGCUAACGGCUAGCAGCUAGUUCAGUCCGUGAAAAAAAGCAAUCAUCGUGACGAUUACCACGUAGACGCGAACGGAACCACUGUCUUUUUUCCAUGAUUCCGACCAACUGAAGACGUUCGAGGACGUUGUUGGCGCUCUCGGGCCGUCUCCAUGGCGACGGAAGACUUGUACGAGGUGGAGAGGAUCGUGGAUAAGAGAAAGAACAGGAAGGGGAGGGUUGAGUACCUGGUCAGGUGGCGAGGUUAUGGCUCUGAGGGUGACACGUGGGAACCAGAGAGUCACCUGUCCACGUGCAUGGUGUACGUGCACGACUUUAAUCGCCAGCAGGUACAGCGUCAGAGAGACGGCACCUUGCUGCGGUCCACUCGCAGCUACCUGUGCAGCUCGGCCCGCAGACCCCCCUGCGGCCCACCGCCAGACCUCAGCCAACUUCUGACCACUGGCACGGAUCAAACCUUGGAAGGUCAAACCGCCACAGUACUAAACAACCUGUCGCACUCAUCGGCGAGUCUGAUGUCAGUACCCCCGGUUGGUCCGGCCCGCCGCAACUUGGACUUAGCCAAAAGUGGCAUUAAGAUCCUGGUCCCCAAAAGCCCCAUGAACAGCCACUUUGAUUCAGAGGAGUCCCCCAGUGAGGCGGCCCACAGUCUGGAUGCCGGAGCACGAGACGCCCACACCGUCCCUCCCGAGGUCGCCCUCGAGCAACCGGCCGGGGUCCAACUGGGCCCGGGGGAGGAGCGUGCCCGCAUGGGGAUCAGGUCGCGCUGCCACAACACCCUGCCCCCGCCGCGCCUGCCCAUCACGCCUGCCAGCAUGCGCUCCCUUAGUGGGACAGGCGCUUCGGGAAUGAUGGAGGCCGUCGCUGCCAACAGGAUGUCUGGGCUGCAGAGCGCAGUCACUGUGGCAAAGCGUCGUCUGGAGGAGCGGUGUGCUUUCGACAAGCGUUUGCGUUUCAGUGUGAGGCAGACAGAGAGCGCCUACCGCUACCGCGACAUUGUGGUCAAGAAACAAGAUGGCUUCACGCACAUCCUGUUGUCCACCAAGAGCUCGGAGAACAAUGGCCUCAACCCUGAGGUGUGCAGAACAUGUCCCCGACAAAAAAGCAUGUUUUUUUUGUGUCAUUUUCUCCUCGUGAUCCAGGUGAUGAAAGAGAUCCAAAGCGCCAUGGCAACGGCGGCAUCGGAUGACAGCAAGCUGGUGUUACUGGGCGGCAUUGGCAGCAUCUUCUGCUGCGGCCUGGACUUCCUGCACUUCAUUAAAUGCCUGACGGAAGACAGGAAGAAGGAGAGCAUCAAAAUGGCUGAAACCAUAAGGACCUUCGUCAACACUUUCAUCCAGUUCAGGAAGCCCAUUGUUGCCGCUGUCAACGGGCCAGCAGUUGGCCUCGGUGCCGCCAUCUUGCCACUCUGUGAUGUUGUCUGGGCCAACGAGAAGGCCUGGUUCCAGACGCCCUACACAUCUUAUGGACAGACCCCCGAUGCCUGCUCCUCUUUCACCUUCCCCCGCAUCAUGGGCCCACUCUCGGCUAACGAGCUGCUCCUAAGUGGCAGGAAGUUGACUGCUCAGGAAGCGUGUUCUAAAGGAUUGGUAUCGCAGGUUCUCUGGCCGGGAACCUUCACGCAGGAAGUGAUGCUGAGAAUCAAAGAGCUAGUGACAGUCGACUCUCUUGUUUUGCGAGAGUCCAAAGCCUUGAUGAGGAACACCAGUCGCAGUGCUUUGGAGCAAACCAACGAGCGCGAGUGCGAAGCCUUGAAGAGAAUUUGGGGCUCGUCGCAGGGAACUGAUGCCAUCUUACAGCACCUGCAAAGAAAGUCUGAGCUCUUCUAGGACCAGGACUUGAUUGUACCAGUACACUAUGUGCUGCUUGUGGAUGUGGACUGGACUUAUAAACUGCAGGAAUGAUUAGCUAAAAGCUAAACUUAGCUCACCUGAGGUUUCCUCCAGCCAAUCAUCUGUGGACAAACAAAACAUGAACAUUUUUAGAGGGACAUUGUAAACCUCUGGCCUGCUUGACUUAACAUUUGGACCCGUUUCUAUCCUGGGAUUUUGAUGCCAUAUUAUCGUGCCUUUUAAUGUGGGUGAACUCUAACCGUUUGCCCUCUGUAUGUUUUCAUCUUUUCUAAAAGUGAUCAAAGUGAAGUGUACUCGCCCUAUACUGGUCAACCUGGUCUUUGUAGGCCACAAAUAAUGAAAAUUAUUUGAAGGACCAAAUUAAAUAGGUUGAGAAGUCAUUAAAAACAUUAUUCAGGCUUUUUAAACUGUUGGGAAAAAUGUCAGAAACAGUCAUCAAAUAAUAUGUUUAUUGAAAAUAAAUUAUCUUGAUAGGUCACUUGAUAAUAAAUGUUAUGAGAUUACUAAAAAUUGCACUGAAAUCUCAAGAACUUCAGUGUCAGUAGACCAUUUAUUUCAUUGGUGGGAGCGCAGGGUGGAAGUGGCCAUGUGUAGGCAGUAAGUGUGGUCUUGGAAGAGAAGUAGGGUGUAGAAGGGUUCGCCAGGUGCGUACACACUGUCAAAGCCGUGAACAGUCAUGGCCACCCAGGACAUUGAACGGGGCCACUCCAGGUAACGCCUGCGACACAGGUAAAGACAUGGGCUAAUUGACUGCCAAGAUGGGAGGUGACUGCCGUGAGGUCAGAGGUUACCUGAGCUCUUGGAUGAGCGACAAGAUGUCAUGUGGAAGUAGCAGGCCACUCACAGAAAAGCUCAGGCUCUGAGCAGCUGUAUUCAUCAUGUCUGGAUACGCCAACGAGGACAGGAAGCUGUCAGAUGUGUUGUCACUGUGACGGCCAAAAGAGUCAUCAAGUCACAUGACAAUAAGGUGUGUGUCGGCUGCUCAGACCGCCUUCUCACCAGCUCACGUCGGCAGCCACUGCGCCGAGCCAUUCCAGGAAGCUGAAUGGGUCAUAAGACUGCAGGUCAGAGGUCAUCAAGGCGGGACAGGGCAGGUGAGUCACAGUGUGACUUCUGACAUCUGGUGUGUGCUCAGACCAAUCAUAUCGUGAGAGGAGUGGCUGCAGUGCAGCUCCGCCCCCUGCAUACAAUUAAAAUAAAUAAGUAAUCACGGGCCACAUGGUGGUCGAGUGUGGCGUGCGUGGGUUUUCUCCGGUUUC